GCACGACAGAGCAGCACCACGACGACCGCAAACAUGCUGUUCCCGUCUUUCGCCAUCCUUGCUGCGGCGAGCAGCCUGCUGUCCUUUGCGACAGCGCACAACAUCCAGAUGAAGGCCCACCAGCGCGAAUGCUUCCACGAGCAGCUGCACAAAGGCGACAAGAUGACGGUGACUUUCCAGGUCGGCGACCGGGAAUUCGGCGGCAGCGGAAACCUUGAGAUUGACUUUUGGAUUGAAACUCCUUCGCGCAGCUACCAGGUCCACGAACGCGGCGUAUCCAAUGGCGACUACACCUUUGACGCGACUGAAGACGGCAAAUACACCUACUGCUUCAACAACGAGCACUGGGGCGCCAACACCAAGGAAGUCUCGUUCAACGUCCACGGCAUCGUCUAUGUCCCCGAGUCGGAAGCCCCGCAAGAUCCUUUGGAAAAAGAGGUCCGCUCCAUGUCGGAGCUCGUGCAGCAGGUCAAGGAUGAGCAAAGCUACAUUAUCGUCCGUGAACGGGUCCACCGAAACACUGCUGAAAGCACCAACUCGCGCAUCAAGUGGUGGAGCAUCUUCCAACUUACGUUUCUGGUUGCCCAGGGUUUCUUCCAGGUCUGGUGGUUGAAGCGAUUCUUCGAGGUUAAGCGUGUUGUGUAGACGUUGUUUUGGCGGCUCCAAAUUCUGUACGGUGGGGCAUGUUGCUUACCCGGAGCUGUGUUGCCCUGCAUUCUGGCUUGUCUGUUUGGCGUUGAAGCGCAUGGGUGGGAUGUCUAGCGCGGCGAAAGAGGGAGUACGGUAAAAAUGAUAGCAUUUUCUGGCAGCAGGAGGCUGGAGUAAGCCACAUGUGCGUAUCCAUGGUUUUGUCAAGUCGCUUGCAAAGUUCCACGGCAGUCUGCCGACGACUGUUUCGUUCGACAAGUCGCUUUGGUCAGCUGGGUGAGGACAGGCUGGCAAUCUCGGGUGAAGGCGUGCUUGCGUGGGUGAUAACGGCGAGCGUGCUGGAUGGUGAGAGAAUGGAGCGGUAUGGCGAAUACCGCCGACUUCCGCUCACCUGCGUGUACAGAUGCAAGGCAGCCAAAACCCAUCGACUGCCACCUAUACUUACCCCCC